UAGAGACGGACGGGUAUCACAUGACCUAUUAUAGCACGUGCAUUUUGCGUAAUUAAAAUCGGUUCCGAUUCUUUUUUUACGCAAUCGGUAGACAAGGUAAACAAAGAAAAUGGCAGACGACUGCGACCGCCUUCGUGUUCGCGGUCGGUUUAUUAAGAACGACAGAUUCAAAAAAUCUAAAAGGAUGAACACUUUGAACGAGAGAGAUAAAUUUACUCAAUGGGGAGACCAUGAUUACGGUACGAGGGGAGAAUUGCCAUUAGAACCGACAAUGAUUCAAGAGACACCGGUAUCAGUUGAGAACAUAGCCUCCAAUGUUACUGUUUCAACUGAUAUCGGACACAGUAAAAACAUCUUAUGGAAUGAAGGCAGGAGGGUUGUUGAGUUGGAAGUGCUAGCGGAACAACUCUUCUGCAACAGAUGCAACACCCCACUCUAUCUGAAGGAUAUAGUAGGUGAAAUGAGGUACGGCUUAGGAAGUCUUUUGGAGGUGGUAUGUCAGAUAUGCUCUGGUAUGAAACUGGUAUCUACAGGCAAGCGGAAUGAAAAAGGAGCAUUUGAUAUCAACUCAAAAGUUGCUCUUGCAAUGAUGCACUCUGGAAUGGGUCCUGAUCAUGUUGUGAAUUUUCUCAGCACAUGUAACAUACCCCCACCUGAUCCCAAGACACUGAAAAAGAAGGAGAAAUGUAUAGCAUUGUCACUUAUGGAUGAGGCAUCUGAUUCCUGUAAAACUGCUAGUGCAGAAGAAAAAGCUAUUUCCCCAAGUGAUGAAUUAGAAUGCAGUUUUGAUGCUGGCUGGCAAACAAGAGGCUCUGGUUGGCAAUAUAACAGUAACACAGGACAUUCCAGUCUAGUUGGUGUAAAGACAGGGAAAAUUCUAGACUAUGAUAUAAGAACUAAACUUUGCAGUAUAUGCCAGCAUCAUUUGGGAAGAAAGGAAACAAUUCCAAAUCAUCAAUGCAACAGUAAUUGGCAAGGGUCAAGUAAAGGCAUGGAGCCUGACAUGGCUUUAUCCAUGGUUACAAGGAUGGACGACAGAGGGUGCACAGUUGGCAUUAUUCACGCAGAUAAUGACUCUACAACAACAUCAAGGCUGAAGCAAAAAUUUGAAAAAAUUAAAAAAAGAGACGACAAGAACCAUGUCAAGAAAAAUCUGUCGAAACAACUGUAUGCAGCAGCAAAUAAGUACAGAGAGCUGAAGGGGAAAGGAGUUAUUCCUUACAUACUUAGAUGCUAUAUGUAUGCUAUAAGUUCAAAACAGUCAAAGGAGGAUGAACUUUGUGAAAGAUUAGACAGUAUAGUUCCACACCUCUUUGGAGACCAUUCAGGCUGUUCUGGGGAUUGGUGCACAUAUUCCAAGCAACCAUCAACAUACAGAUAUAAACAUCUCCCAAAAGGUGAACCAUUGACAAAUGAGAACCUGCGUAAGCAGUUAGAGACAGUGACAGAAAAUUACAAGAAAAGAUCAAGCCAACUUGUAGAUUUAGGCUCAACACAGAGCAAUGAAAACUUCAACAAUAUAGUUGCAAGCAAGGCUCCAAAAAAUAGAUCAUAUGGUGGAACCAGCUCAUUAAAAGCAAGAGUUUCAGCUGCAGUUCUUCAGAAGAAUGAAGGUUAUACCUGGGUUAACAAGGUUAACAAGAAAGCAUUGCUGUCACCAGGCACAAUUUCUGUUAGAGUUGGACAGAGGUUUGACAGAAAGAGACUCUGGCAAAAGAAGAAUAGCUCCUCAGUUCAUUUCAAACGUGACAGAUUUAAAAGAAAGCAUAAGAAAACUUUUCAACAAAUUAAAGCAGCAGUUAUAGAAGGAGAAACAUAUCAACCACAAAUUGAAGAAAAUGUGACGGUAAGAGACAUUGAAAAGAUUCCAACUAAAUAUUCUUUGGAAGGCAUAGACGAAUAUGUCGUGUUUGAUUUAGAAACAACUGGGUUAUCAAGAACCUCUGAUAUAACACAAAUAUCAGCAUAUGAUGGGACCAACAUGCUAAAUCUUUAUGUGUCUCCACGACAACCUAUUUCAUCAAAGGCCAGUGAUGUUACCGGCAUUACUUUCUCUUUUGAGAGAAACCAAAUGUAUUGCCAUGGUGUUCCAGUUGAAAGCGUAUGUAUAAGAAAAGCCUUACUUCAACUAAUUGAAAUGAUACAGAAAAAAUCUCGUCCUGUGCUUGUUGGUCAUAACAUCCAUUCAUAUGAUGUACCUGUACUAAGAAAUUUGUUACAAGAGUUUAAUCUGCUGAGUUCUUUUGAUAACCUUAUUUAUGGAUGCAUUGACACUUUGAAAAUUGCAAAACGUGAAAUACCAAAAGCUGAUGUUCAAAAUUAUAAGCAACAAACAUUAGUUCAAAAGUUUCUGGAGAUUGUUUAUGAUGCUCAUAAUUCUGAGGAGGAUGUAAGAAGUUUAUACAAACUGUUCCAUCUUAAACUGAAACAGACAUGUUCUGCAAAGGAUUUAUUUCCGUUUAAUUAUUUGUCAAUUGUAGAGGGUUUUUCUAGUGUCAUUGUUAAAAAAGUUAUUUCAAAAGACACUGCAAGGAAACUUUCCUGCACAGGUCUCAGCCUUCAUCACUUGGAGCUUGCUUACAAAAGAAACAAUGAAGAUGGCGUAAAAUCCAUCAUGCAGGAACAUGGUUUGAAAGGGAAAACGGCAAAUGUGUUCAAGAAGUUUUUUUCUGAAAAAGAGGAAUAGACUGUAUAUGUGGUUAAAGACUGAAAAUUUGAUAUUU